CCUCCCCUCCCCUCCCCUCAUUUGAACCAAAGUGAAAGCUAGUAAUAAUUGCUUAACCUAGAAUCGAUUUCAAGCUUCAAAAUCACUUUCUCGCGCGUUAACCACUGCGGCACUCACGCAUUCUCUUCUCUAAACUCUAGCCGGCGACUGAUUCUCAACUGGAGAAUCCCGGUUGUGUUCCUCUCCAGUGGUCGCAUUCAUUCGGCUAGCGUCUAUCUCUCUCUCUUUGCUGCGUCACAAAAUCUGAUUCACGGAAUAUGGAGACAAAUGCAACACCACAUGAUAAUCAUGAGGAUCAAGAUGAAUUUGUUUUGCUUGACUUGGAUGGUGUUUAUGACCUAAUUGAUAUUCCACCAAAUGCUAGCUAUGUUCUUAGGGGUCUUGAUACUUUAAACCCAGUAUUAAUCAUUGAUGACAAAUUUAAGCUGAUUGGUGAAUACGAUGAGACAAUUGGAACAUGUAUCGCAUUUGAAGAACAUGAUACACCAGUGGUUCAUGAAGAGACAGGACCAUCUGAAGCAAACCUUUUUGCUGGAAGAAAACUAAUUGAUUCAAGCCAACCUCCAACAAAGCAAGUCAAACCUGUAUGUCAGCUUCAUAAGGUUCUCAAGUUUAAAUUAUCACCUGAUUCUGAAAUUCGAAGUCACACUGCGGAGGAAGACAAUUGAAUUUGAAAGCUGAUAUAAUAUACAAUUUUUCCUUAUUUUGUUGAUAAAUUUUUUGGUGGUGGGUGUUGACAUUUAUGUUCUAGAUAUGUAAAUAGUUUCUUUUUCCCAAUAGGAUCUAUUUUGACUAUUUAAUGUGGAUAUUGACUAUCAGGUAAAUGCAUUCACGUUUCUUGUA